GUAGAAAAGCGUUUAAACGGCCAGCGAACCCAACCCGACCCAACCCAUUAUUGUUCGAAGCCGACAACAUCACACCACACCACAUCCCUUUUUUUGUUUUGAUUUAACUUUGAAUCAAACAAAGGCAACGAUAAAUAACAUCCUGCUUCUACCCCAUAAUCAGUAAUCAUAACCCUCUCUCCCUCUUCCGUUUCAUGAUUCUCAUAUCAUUGUCGCCACGCUAACCUCAAUUGGAGCCAUAACCCUCUAUCACCCUUUUCAAUCCCUUCCUGGUGGUGACAAUGUCGACUCCUGCUAGGAAGAGGCUGAUGAGAGAUUUUAAGAGGUUGCAACAAGACCCGCCUGCAGGAAUCAGUGGUGCCCCGCAGGAUAACAAUAUAAUGCUGUGGAAUGCCGUCAUAUUUGGUCCUGAUGAUACUCCAUGGGAUGGAGGCACGUUCAAGUUGACGCUCCAAUUUACUGAGGAUUAUCCAAAUAAACCACCAACUGUAAGAUUUGUGUCUCGCAUGUUUCAUCCAAAUAUUUAUGCAGAUGGAAGUAUUUGUCUGGAUAUCUUACAAAAUCAGUGGAGUCCUAUAUAUGAUGUGGCUGCUAUACUCACAUCUAUCCAGUCAUUGCUUUGCGAUCCCAACCCAAAUUCUCCUGCAAACUCUGAAGCAGCUCGAAUGUUUAGUGAGAACAAGCGUGAGUACAAUCGAAGAGUGAGGGAAAUUGUGGAGCAGAGUUGGACAGCUGAUUAAGUUCAUCCUCGUGCAUGUGUGUCAAUUAAGUCUGUCUGCAGCUUUGAUGGCAUGGAUUAGGUUGCAGUGGCACCUUUUAAAAAUGAUUGUGCAAACUCAUCAAAUUUAUAUUCCUUGCUUAUAUGAAUUGUAGCAUCAUCUUAUCUUAAAUUUAUUGUAGCUUUUGCAUUGCACAUGUCAGUUAAUGUAAAAUAGAAUCAUGCGUGUCAGUUUACUUUGGAUUGUUGUCAACAUGGUUCAAUAUAAAAAUUGUAGUUUGCUGAAUUGGUUAUAAUCACAAAGGUUUUCGAAAAUUUGCUCGAAUUGAAUCAUGAAUAUCUCACUCUUUCUGUCCCUUUGCG